CAAUCGCUGGAUCCUCGUGGCUUACGCUUGCGCGUCUCUUCAUUGGAUAUGAGUUGAUUUCAGGUGUUUGGCUUUUCUGAUUGACGCUUUAAACAGUCUCUACGUAGGGGUACGUAGACAGUCACACACCGUCAGACUUAUGUAUCGUGAAUCCAUCCGGAUAACAUUGUGAAAUCCGAAAGAUAAACGUUCUAGGCCGACAUAAUUGAUCUUGAGAGGGUUUGAGCGAGAGGUAGUUACUUGUACUCGACAUUUAACGUUCCUCGCAUCCACCGCGAUGCAGAUUGCAAGUUUGCGCAACGUGGCCGUCCCGGAAUGGUCGUCUCUCAACGAAGAAGUCGUCGUAAGACCAUGUUCCGCGACACAUAGUAGGAAAAAGUAAAUCGCGUCGCUCGUUCGCCGGCGGCUAAUUUGAACUUAACCCCUCUCUCCCCCGUUCGAGUUUCACCCAUGGCUCCGAGAUUCUCGCAGGUAAGCGGCUUUGCUCCGUGACGGGUUCCGCAGGUGACGCUCACACUCCUGCCUCCCAGGUGGAGGUGGCAGGCCGGGCCCCGUUCUCCGUUUGGUCCCGCCGUCCGUCAGUGGAGUUCAGUCAGUAGACAGUCGGUUCGCCCGGUCAGCUGGUUCCGUCCAUCCGCGCGUGAACAGAACUUCCUGAUGGUAAACCCAUCGUGAGCUAUCAGGUAAAACUCGGUGCGCUUCCCGUCCCGAGCCCCCUCCCGAGCCGCCGCCGAGCGAUCGCCAGCGAUCGGAACGGAACAUCCGCGGCCCGCGCGCCGCAUGUGCGCGAGUGUGCAGCAUCUCCACCGGAAACACCAACGACCACGGUGCGAGGUACGUCCAGGUGAUCCGUAGAAGACGAGCAGGAGGAGGAAGAAGAAGAAGGGUAGCGUAGUCGAGAAGGAGAGAGUGUGCGCGCGGUCAGGCAGGAAAUGACUAUAUCGUACGCGAGCGAAGUGCCAAACGGCUCCAGCUUUGGCUGCUUCUGGAGGAUUCUGAUCAAAUGGCGUGGCUCUGUUUACAAGCUAAUCUGGCGGGAACUACUGGCGUACCUGUUUGUUUACUACCUCAUCAAUUUCACGUAUCGAUACCUACUCAAUGACCAACAGCGGGUAAUUUUCGAGAAAAUCCGUUAUUAUUUCGGUAACUCCAGCGAAUCUAUACCCAUGUCUUUCGUCCUGGGUUUCUACGUGAGCCUCGUCGUGAAGAGAUGGUGGGAGCAGUACAAGCUUUUGCCCUGGCCGGACAAUCUGGCCCUCUUCAUCAGCGCCGCUAUUCCUGGAAACGACGAACGGGGGCGGCUGAUGAGGCGCAACAUCGUGAGGUAUGCCGUGCUCGCGUACGUCAUUACACUGCAGAGGAUUUCGCUUCGCGUCAAGAGGCGUUUCCCGACUCUUCAGCAUAUGGUGGAUGUAGGUCUGAUGAUGGAAUCGGAGAAGAAGAUUUUCGAGAUGAUGAAUAAGAAAGCGGCCAUGUCGAAGUAUUGGAUGCCGCUCGUAUGGGCGACCAACAUCAUCAACAGGGCGAGGAAGGAGGCAUUGAUCACCAGUGAUCAGGUGGUGCAAACUCUCCUCGUCGAGCUCAGCGAUAUCCGGAAGAGGCUUGGCGCAUUGAUUGGUUACGAUACCGUUUGCGUUCCUCUAGUCUACACUCAGGUGGUAACACUAUCAUUGUACGCCUACUUUUUCUCGGCUCUGCUUGGCAGACAAUUCGUCAAACACUCCGAGGGCACCGGAAAAUAUGAGGAUCCGGACAUGUAUUUCCCGUUUUUCACGACGCUACAGUUCUGUUUUUACGUUGGAUGGCUGAAAGUUGCCGAGGUGUUGAUUAAUCCAUUCGGCGAGGAUGACGACGAUAUCGAGCUGAAUUGGCUGAUUGAUAGGCACAUCAAGGCGGGUUACAUGAUCGUCGACGAGAUGCACGAGGAACACCCGGAAUUGCUGAAGGAUCAGUAUUGGGACGAUGUCGUGCCCAAAGACUUGCCGUAUACCGUCGCAAGCGAGCAGUAUCGUAAGGAAGAGCCGAAGGGCUCCGCGGAACAUUAUAAGGUGAAAGAUAGCGAUGCUCUUUACGCGAACGUUAUGUUGGGCACGCAGAUUCACAGUCACGUGCAGCACCGCAAAGCUCAUCAGGACGAUAUGUAUGCCGAUUACGAGAGCGUCGACACCCCAUUGGUCGAACGGAAGAAGAACGGUUGGUUUCAACGGCAGAUCACCCGGGUGGGCUCGGUACGAAGCUCCUCGACCACGUACAGCAGCGGUGGUGGUUUCUUCAAUCGAAACCGCCACAACAGCGUGUACAGCAGCCCCGAGACCGGUGGUCUUCCGCAAACGAACAAUCCAAACUUCAAAAUGUCUCUGUACGAUCGUCUUGUGGGACGCAAGAGCGUCCGCAGUCAACGAAUGGGCCGUCAAGGCACUAUGACGAAACUGAACUCGGUGCCGGUGUCGCUGAAGAACAGGCCGCGCAUACCGACUCCGGACGUGACGAAAGAGGUGGUCGACCGUGAGCAGCGGCUGGCACUGUCGGCUACUAACGCGGCGAAUAUCGGCGCGGGCGUGGUAGGUGUGAUACCAACGAACGGUCACUAUCCAACCGACCUGUCGGUGGUAGUGUUGUCGCCGAUCCAAGAGACCGAGGGUACACCCUCGUCAGGCAAAUCCGGCGCGGCGGCUUUGGCGCAGGCCGUGCUCUCGCCGACGUUAACCAGCGCUGGUCUGAUGACGCCGGUGACCCUGACGCCGGUCACCAUGGGCCAUCUGACGCAGUUGGGUCUCAUGAAGACAUCCUCGACGACACACAUCAACAACUCGGUCAGUAACGUUGUCCAGGCGACGUUGACCGAGGUCAACAGCAGCGAGGAGGAGGGUAGCGGAAGUGGUAGCAGCAGGAGCGGGAGUAUCACCGGCCAAGAGGACCGCUCGACGCCGCUGAUCGACAACAACAACAGUCCGAUCGCUAGCAACGGCAGCUCGCCCACCUUCGGCGGCUACAACGAUCGUUCACCGAUUCUCAUGAGACCGGAGAAACUCAGCUACAUGGUCACCGCCGCCGUGCCCGUUCCGAGUAGCAACGCGAGCGCGGACGCGCGAGGUAGACGAUCAGCGUCCCUGCCAGGCCCGCCGGUCAUUCAACAACGGGACGACCGUAGCAUAUCGCUGCCGCAGUCACCGGGGCUGCAGCCGCGAGAGACCCGAACAGCCUCCGUGUCGAGCAAGCAGGACGGGCUCGUGGACAAGCUGGCCGGCGGCCAUUCGGCCAUUCGACCGCGCACCAGUAGUUUCGGUCACGACUUGUCCAGGCCCACUCAGAGGGCCCAGGACGCGUCGAGGAAGAUCAGCAGCGUCUCGUGUACGAACGCGUCGCUCUCGAGCGGCUUCGGCUCGGCGUCUUCGACGUCGUCCGCGAGCGUGCCCGCCACGACGACCGUCGCGGGCAGCAAGAGGAGCGAGGUCUACGUUUGAUGAAGGAAAAUCGGUCAGCUCGUCCCGAUGAUUAGGAGGUACAAUUAGGAGGUUCAUUAAAAAGUGCAAUUCCGUUCACGUUUCCUGAGAUUCAUCUCCGUCCGUUAUUGUGAUGCUCGUGUAUGUUUGUAUGUAUGUGUUUGCACGUGUGUUUGUGCGUGUCUCGUGUUGUGUAUGUGCACGUAACGGGUUUUAUUUUUGUAAUUUUUCUCGUUCGUAUAUUUCCUCCAGAGGAGUGACAUGAUUGUCUUUGCAGCAGACACAAAUGAUAACGCGAAUACUCCUGAGAAACGCGAAGGAUUAUCUAUGCUACUCUACCAUUCGCGCAUCUCGUUUUUGAUCAUUUGACGAAUCUUUUGGAACGUCCUGCAUUUGAAGCAAGUAAGAUGCGACCAGAUGUUCCAAACGAUGCGCUACUGACGGUUGCACGGGGAAAUUAUUGUAGCAGAAGUUAAAAUUCUAUUUAUUUUUACAAUGUAAAAAUUUAUAAUGUAAAACAUUUUGUAAAGUUGGACUGUGCUGAAAUUUUUUGUAGCAUAAAUUACGGUAGAAAUAGUAAAUUUAACAACACUUAUCUGAUAUAUAAUAUAAAAAUGUUCAAGUAAUUACAAUAAUGUAGUAAAAAAUCAAGCAAUUAUAAUAAUGUAGUAAAAAAUCAAGCAAUUACAAUAAUGUAGUAAAAAAUUAAACGUAUAUAUAUAUUUUUUUUUAACAGUAUAUACAGAGUGUCUCAGAUGUCUAUGAUGAUCUUUUGUCAGAACGUAGAACGGAUUGAGGUGAGCAAGAAAGUCCUGUGCCGUUUUGCGGUAUUCGCAAUAACAAUCGAGAUAUUAAUUAAACAAGAUUGAUGACUGAUCACGCGCAAUAUGAUAGAUGAGCUGCAGUGGCGCCGUCUGCCGUUGUAUACUUAUACAUUAAGUCAAACUGAACAAAAAAGUCCUUUACUAUUUCGCAAAUGACUACUUCUACCAUUGCGCGUGAUCGUUCACCAAUCUUUUUUAAUUAAUAUCUCGACUAUUAUUGCGAAUAUCGCAAAGGCACAGGACUUCCUUGCUCACCUCAAUCCGUUCUACGUUCUCACAAAGGGUCACCAUGGAGAUCUGAGACACCUUGUAUAUU